AUGUCUACCAACACCACCAACAACGGCUACUACCCUAUCACCGGGAUUAAGGACGGACACGGGCCAUUGCCUGGCCAAGUCCCCCUUCGUCUUGAGGUGGACGAGCUGGUUACCAACCCAAAAUAUGCUCUCCAGCUCGACCUCCUCUACCAGGCUAUGAAGAUUUUCCAGGAGAUGCCUUACAGCGACAAGUUGUCGUACUUCCAGGUUGCUGGUAUUCACGGGUUACCCCACAUCCCUUGGGACUCCCCGGAGGCGGGUCUCUACCGCAGACAAUACUGUGAACACGGUACUCCGCUUUUUGCCACUUGGCACCGCCCCUACAUGGCUUUGGUCGAGCAACGUCUCUAUGAAAUCAUGAUUGGGACAGUGAUCCCCAAAUACCCGGCCGAGUAUCAAGAAGUUCUCAAAGAGCAGGCGGCGCAAUUCCGCCUUCCUUACUGGGAUUGGGCCGUCAAGAAGAAACGCCAGGACAAGGAUGGCAAAGAGGUCAUGAUUUACGACGUUCCUCUUAUCGUCCAAGCGCCGGAGGUGGAGGUGUCCAGCCCGAUGACCCCUCACAGUGGUCCGAUUGUCAUUAUCGACAAUCCAUUCUACACCUUCAAGGCGAAGGGCGAAAUGGGAGAAUAUGGUAUCGUGCCGCAGGAAGUCGACGAUAAGCCGUAUACGGCGACCCCGACGGAUCGGGCUCAGGCUACCAGUCGAUGGCCCGGUAAUCCCAGUAAGAACGAGGCGGACUUGGAAAAUUUCCUUGGUCCUUUUGGUUGGCAAAACAACGAUUUGGUCGGACAGGCUAUCGGAAACCACAACUGGUCGAAGCCGAAAAAAUUCAAAGUAUUCCCCGACCCUCCUACAGUUCCCGAAGCAGUCCAUCGGCUCCUCAGUGAGGAUUACUUCAAUACCUACACUAGGUUCGUGACAACCCAGAGGCCUAUGGAAAAUGAGGACCCGAAACUUUGGCUGUCUCUGGAGGGUAUUCACAAGAAUAUCGACCGUAUCUUGAGCAUCUGGCAGACGCUGCACGAAGAUAAGUGGUUCGAAGAAGAGCCCGUCCACGACAAGGAUGGCAAGAUAAUCCGCUACGUCCACCCCACGGACCCAUUGCAACCAUUCCGCCGCGACGAGGAAGGUCACAUCUAUGAUUCCAACGCUUCUCGAAACCACCUCGACUUUGGGUACACUUACCCCGAACUCCAACGAUGGAAGUACGAUAAUGAUCAGGACUACAAGGCCAGCAUCAUCGCGGCUGUCGACCGCCUUUACCAACCCGAUCCAGAGACGUUUGUUGCUCUGGCCAACGAAGAUGUAAUCAUCAACGUCGCCUUCGAGAAGUUCGCUCUGCGCGGUCUUCCUUUCGUUGUGAACGUCCUCCUUCAAGGAAAGGUCAUUGGUAGCGUCGUCAAUUUCUCGUCCAAGCUCGACGCCAAGACUCAAGGAGAGGGCGGUUGUGAGAACUGUCACCAGCAGCAGCAAUCCGGCUAUAUGGUUGCAGGCCAAGUCUUCGCCACGCGUGCGCUGGCUUCCAUCGUCCGUGACACCGAAAAUAAGGAGCUGGACGCGCUGAGUCGGGAGGAAAUUGCUGACUAUCUCAAGAAGCACCUCGACUACGAGGUUGUUAAGUACUCCGGUAACAUUGUCCCCAAGGAACAAAUGCCGUCUCUCGAAGUUUUCCCUAUCGUUGGCCGACGCAAGGUCAAGCGGGUCCCGAAGAAGGGAGAAAUACAAGGUGCCAUCUUGAAAGAUGGAAUCACCGCGCUCCCUGGAAUCGGCCCCGAGAAGGUCGCCUGGCUCGAGGCGGAGUGGAAUACCGACGGCACUAUUUCCGUCCGUGACCCCGAAGCCAACUCGGCCAGCGACUGGAAGAUCAAACCAGUUGGUUGGGAGGCGUAUGUGCGCCUGUUCCCCGUGGAAGAGUGA